AUGGUUGUUCUCUCUGCCACUGUGGAGGAGUCAAUUGGUAACGGAAUUGACUUGAAUGCAAACGCUUUCCUUUUGGUCCAUGGAUGGACAGCAGGCGCGCUCCUCCUAGAAUCUGCCGACAAGCUUCUACCUGCUUGCCGAUCGGCCAAGACAGUGUCAGAGCUGGCAGCUGAGACUGGUGCAAAGGAAGGGCCUCUGGCUAUCCUCUUGCGAUGUUGCAGUGCGCUGGGCUACCUUGACUUCAACCCUGUUUCCAGAACAUAUUUAGCCGCAGACGGAACAGAGCUCCAAGAGCUGCUGUCAUGGCUCGGCCCGGAUUCCGAAGCAAGCAAGCAUUUGAGGCGAAUCUAUGCUGAGGCAAAGCCUCCCUUCCCCAUGGACUCGGAUUCUUUCACACUUUGCUUGGAUGCUUGGAGAGAUGUCAGACCCGGCUGGAAGGCCUCCAAAAGCAAAAUGCUUGGGAUUCUUCUUGAUGGCAUCGUGCUGGCGCCGUUACUCACAUCGCUUACUUACAAUGCCCGAUGGGACGAGAAGGGAUUGGACAUGGGCCGAGAGAAAGCCUUUGACAGUUUUGAUUUUCGUUCACUCAGCAAGGCUUCCCGUGAGGUAGUGGGGGGCAUGUUCCAAGAACUGGGAGUCGGAAGUGUUGAUCCAGAAGGUGUCGUCUCGCUUGCGGCGAAGGGUGCCCUGGCCCUGCAACGCGUGUACUCCUACUACGUGCCCACAUCCUAUUCUCCGUUGCUGUCGAAAGUCCACGAGGUUCUCUUCUCGGAUCCUGGCUGGGGCUUUGCAGGCGAUUUGGACCCAGAUGAUGGUGAGAUCCAUUUAGAAAGAACUCUGAACGUGGUUGGCAGCGGAGCGCAACAUACCACUUUAUUUAAGGAUCUGCUUGGUCACGUGCAUAAGGUUUUUGACAAUGACAAGUUUGACACACAGCCAAAGUUUGUAAUUGACACUGGCUGUGGAGAUGGUCAUUUGCUGCAUACCAUCUAUGCACAUGUAAGAGAUCGAACUGCAAGAGGCAAAGUCUUGGAGGACUAUCCACUGACCAUGAUCGGCGUGGACUUCAACGAGAAGGCACGCGUGGCUACUGCCUGCAAUUUGGAGGAGCACAAAGUUCCUCACCGUGUGAUCGCUGGAGACAUUGGCAAGCCUGCUGCCUUGAUGACACAGCUGAAGCGUAAGAAGGUGGAUCCAAGCAAAGCUUUGCAUGUCCGAUCUUUUCUCGACCAUGAUCGACCAUACAUCGCAGCCAAAGAGCCGCUGAAGGAGGACAGCGCCGCAGCUGCCUUUGCUUUGGCAGAGUUGGCGGACUUUGUACAUCUGGACAAAGAAGGUGCUUUAAUUCAUCCUCUUGAGCUUUUUGCUUCGUUGGUGGAACACAUGGCCCGCUGGGCAGAUGCCUUGCAAGGAUCUCACGGACUCUGCAUGCUAGAAGUUAUGCAGCUUGACGUGUUAACCACAAAACGGUUUAUGAAUGACUGCGUUUCUUUCCACUUCGACAUCGUUCAGAGUCUCUCCCGGCAGUACAUGGUCUCUGCAGUCUCAUUUGCGAUGAGCUGUGCAAUGGCAGGGCUUUUUCCAACAGACUUCAAAGCCGUCCAAGCCUAUCCGGAGCAGGGCCGCUAUUGUCGAAUGCUGAAUCAGCACCUCGUCCGAAAGCCGUACAUCAUUCGCCUGGCAGAGUUGUCUGACCUCUCGCGGCUGCAGACUCUUGAAGAGAAGGCAUGGGCACCUGGUCUGAGAGCGAGCUCUGAAGUGUUGAAGACCCGGCUGCAAAUGGCACCGACUGGCAAUUUCGUUUGUGAGGUUGAUGGGGAGAUAGUGGCAGUCCUUUACACGCAACGGAUUCCAUCAGUGAGCGCUGUGGAUUCCCAGAAGUUUAUGGACAUAUCAGCUUCGCAUGACCCCAAAGGUCGGGUGCUUCAGCUGAUUUCCAUCAGUGCUGAUGCGGAUGCCAAAAUUGUUGGAGUUGGCUCAGAUCUUCGUUCGUUUGCCCUACUUCUGGCUAAGUUGGAUCCCACUGUUGACACUGUCAUUGGGGUGACUCGCUGCAGUAACUACUCCGGCGAUGGCUCCAUGGCCGGCUACGUGGCUGGCCACGUGCAGGGGAAGCAUGCAGACAAGACCUUGGGCUUUCACACUGGAUAUGGUGCUCAUGUCGCACGUCCUGUGCCAGGUUUUCGACCAGAAGACGAGGACAACGGCGGCGUCGGCGUUCUGAUCCAAUAUGAUGUGAAGAGCUGGACAUGGACUUCCCACACAGAGAUCACCCCAAGCACCAACGGUCUGCAAAAGACGUCGGAGAAUGCGGCCACCGCGCUGGAUAAGCUCCGUGAGAUUUUGACUGACAUGAAACACCCUGUGGAGGAUGACCAGCUAGGGCUGGGCUUCUUCAAUUUGGGUAUCGACUCGCUGGAGAUGGUCCGGAUCCGUAACCAGUUGUCGACUUGGGCCGGUCGAGAGCUUUCUUCCACCUUCUUGCUGGACUUCCCCAGUGUCCAAGAAGCUGCAGCAGAGCUCGAAAAGCAAAAGGCCAAAGAGGGCAAGCAUGCUUCAGCGCUGGAGGUCAUUUGCCAGGUCAUGGCUGACAUGCAGCACCCUCUCUCUGAUGACCAGCUCACGCAAGGCUUCUUUGUGCUAGGGAUUGACUCCCUUGAGAUGAUUCGAAUCAAGAACAAGCUCAGCCAAUGGUUGGGGGAGGAACUUCCUGCAACGUUCCUGCUGGACUAUCCCAGCGUGCGGGAACUAGCCACGGAAGUGGACAAGCUAGUCGCCAAGAAGCAAACUGGAAAUGGAGAUGCUGAAGCGCAUGCAGAGCCGGCCAUUUUAGAUGUGGACUUGCUCCUCCAGGCGCAGGAAAAGCUGAAAAAGGCUUAUUCGCUAUCCCAGAACCAGAAGAAAAUCUCUGCCCUCGCGGCCAAGCAUUCCGAUGACAAGGCUGCAUUUACCAAGGCUUUGGAGCCCCUGCUUGCAGAAGUUGAGGGCUCCGUUCUCGUCAGCCUCGGCAUCAUUGACGACCUGCAGCCAGUCAAUCUCCAGAAGGGCCGCAAGCUUCUCACGCUGAGCAUCAAGAGGCUGCGCAGGAAGGAGGAGGUGGCCAAAAAUGACCAGGAGAAGACAAAGUCUCAAGGGGAGCAGACUGCGAUAGGGAGAGAGAAGUGCUUCCCCUUGCGAAAGAGAGAGCUGGAAGCACUGGGUCUGCCGCAAUGGAGGGGCUCGGCGAGAUAG